AUGGUUUCCAUGAAGACUUUCGCCGUCAAGGAAUACAAGAAUUUCGUCAAGGCCGUUGCCACCAAUCCCAUUGACUACAAGCGCCUUGCAAACCUGGGAAAGCAUGACGAGGACUUUGAAGCACAAGAACCCCUGACUGUCGGUUGGGAUGCUUCUGGUGUCGUGGAGCAAGUUGGUGAUGAGACAAGCCUCUUCCAGGUGGGCGACGAAGUCAUGUUCGCUGGAGAUUUCUUCCGUGCCGGUGCAUUUGCCGAAUACGUCCUGGUAGAUGACCGUAUCGUUGCAAAGAAGCCAUCCAAAUCGUCCUGGAGCGAAGCUGCGGCCAUUCCUCUCACGUCUCUCACCGCUUGGGAGGCUCUUGUCGAUCAGCUCAAGAUCCCCGAAGACCCCGAAAAGAAUAAAGGCAAAACCAUUUUGAUAACCGGCGGAGCUGGUGGUGUCGCUUCUUCUGCUGUGCAGAUUGCGAAGAAAGUCCUCGGGCUCACCGUCAUUGCCACCGGAUCUCGCGUCGAGACGGUCAAGUACGUCAAGGAGCUGGGUGCGGACCAUGUCAUCAACCAUCGCUUCCCCAGCAUGUCCGCGCAAGUUCGCAGCGAAUUAGAUAUUGAAAACGUGGAUUACAUCAUGCAUUCUGUGGACUUGACUCCGGAACUCUUUACCGAGUUUGUGGACUUGGUCAAGCCCUUUGGUGGCAUUGUCAGUGUGUGGCCAUCGGCUACGGUGGAUUUGAUGCAGUUGUUCUGGAAAUCCAUCAACUUUUCCGCCGUCCUCAUGUUCACCCGUCCCACCCUCAAGAACGAUGCCGCCCAGCGCCAGCACGACAUUCUGGAGAGGGUUGCCGAGUUGACCGAUGCUGGUGUACUGGUGAGCCGCGAAAAGACGACGUUCAAGUUGACUCUGGAUAACUUGCGCAAGGCAUUGGAACUCCAGGCUUCGGGCAAGGCCGUUGGGAAAAUCACACUUGCCUUUGAAGGCGUGCAAGCAUGGAGCUGUCGCAGGAGUUGA